CAAACCAUUUACACCCACCCACCCACCUCACAAAGACCUACCCUACCUAGAAACAACAUGGUGGAAAUGGACACAAGUCAUCGUCUGAAGCUCAUCAACAGAUCUAUUCUCUUCAUCUUCAUCGUCUUCUUCUUGUUUUCUUUCAAUGUUUCUUUCGCUACUUCGAAUAAUAAUAAUAAUAAUAAUCCAUUUUCUCCAACAUCUUCACUCAUUCGCUAUUGGAACAAACACAUUUCCAAUGAGCUUCCAAAGCCCACUUUCCUCCUCUCCAAGGCCUCGCCGCUAUCCGCCGUCGACGCCGCCUUUUACGCUCGCCUCGCCGCCGGAAAAGCCCUCGCCGACCACCUCUCGUCCUUCUGCUCCGCCGCCAAUUUGUUCUGCGGGUUUGAUUUGUCUGAGGAAAUUGAUAAGAGGGCCCACAGCGACGCCGAUUUUAGCUCUUACACUAACAAAGGCUUCGCCAACUACGGCUCCGGCCGCCUCGGCGGCGCCGACGUCUUCAAGGGCUACUCCGACGGGAUCAACUUCGCGUCCGGCGCGUUCGUCCGCUACAGCCGGAGCUCCACCGGCCACCGCGAGGAUUUCGCGAACUAUUCCCCCGACGCCAAUGUCGCCGCCGGCAACUUCACCUCCUACGCCGCCGGCGCCACCGGCGGCGCCGGCGACUUCAAGACCUACAUGCCGCGCGUCAACGUCCCGGAUCUGCGGUUCUCCUCCUACGACUCCUCCGGCAACAACCACAAACUAACCUUCAAAAGCUACGUUGACGACACGAACUCCGGCAACCAAGCCUUCGUCAGCUACGCCAAGAACGGCAACGGCGUCCCCGCGGAUUUCAACAGCUACGGCGACACCUCGAACGUCAUCGGCUCGGCGUUCACCGGCUACGGCGAGCUGGGAAACGCCGCCAACGACUCCUUCACGGCUUACAGCUCAAACGCCAACAACCCAACUAACAACUUCAAGAAUUACGGCAACGGCGGAAACAGUGGGGUCCACAGCUUUGAGAGUUACCGAGACACAGCAAAUGCCGGGAGAGACACAUUCCAGUCUUACGAUAGAGAUUCCAACACCGGAAAAACGAGUUUCUUGAAUUAUGGGAAAUCUUUCAAUGAAGGAUUGGACACAUUCAAAGAAUACGCUAAAGGAGGGAGAAACCCAAAUGUGGGGUUUAAGGUUUAUGGGUUUAACAAUAGCUUCAAAGAAUACGCACAAAAGGGCAUCACAUUCGCAGGUUACACCAAGAAAACCUCGAAAAUUGUCAGUGGCAAAAUAAGUGAACCCAAAUUCUUCAGGGAGAACAUGUUGAAAGAAGGGAGUACGAUGAAGAUGCCCGACAUUAAGGAUAAGAUGCCGGCGAGGUCGUUUCUGCCCCGUCCGAUUUCCUCCAAAUUACCGUUUUCGUCCAAGGAAAUGUCGGAGCUGAAGCGUGUCUUCCACGCGCGGGACAACUCCACGAUGGAGCGCGUGAUUAUAAACGCGCUGGGGGAAUGCGAGCGCGUGCCCAGCCGCGGCGAGACGAAGCGGUGCGUGGGGUCCGUGGAGGACAUGAUCGACUUCGCCGCCGCCACGUUAGGCCGCGACAUCACCGUCAGGACGACGGAGAACCGGGCGGGGUCACGGCGGGAAGUGGUGAUCGGAAAAGUCAACGGAGUCAACGGCGGGAGAGUGACGAAAUCGGUUUCGUGCCACCAGAGCUUGUACCCUUACUUGCUGUAUUAUUGCCACUCUGUCCCGAAAGUGAGAGUGUACGAGGCCGACAUUCUUGACGUGGAGACUAAGACUAAAAUCAAUCGUGGCGUGGCCAUCUGUCAUCUCGACACGUCAGCAUGGAGUCCAGGUCAUCUGGCCUUCGUCACGCUUGGAUAUGGCCCUGGCCAAAUCGAGGUUUGCCAUUGGAUUUUCGAGAACGAUAUGACGUGGACCACUGCUGAUCGUUGAUUGGAAAUUUUAUUUGCUUGGAGUUUAAUUUUUUUUUAAUUUUAUUUUUUGGUUUUCUCACGAUGCAUGUAAACCUCUGCUAUUUCACCUUUUUGUUUCUGAGAUUUGUGUUAAUGAAGAGGUUAUUUCUGUGUUUCUAA